AUGUGUACAGAGAUUACACCAUCGAAAGCAACAGAUCAUGCGAGUACAAGUAAGGACAUCCCAAAUCUGGAACCAACAAUUGAGAACAAAGAGAAGCCAAUUGCAUGGACAUCCCUCUUUGCAGGUAAUCGUAGUUCAGAAAAUGGUUUAAAAUUAGAUUACAUCCCUCCUGCUAUUGUUGAGGGGAAAGUUGUAGUUCAACUAGAAAAGGAUGAUGUUAAUAAAGAAAUUCAAAAAUGGAAGAGUGCACUGAUUGUGUAUGUAAUUGGAGAGACACUGGGGUAUAAAUAUAUGCAUAGAUUUGUGAAACAGAGUUGGAAUCGAGUGGCUGAACCAGAGACAAGGUCCCGCGAUCGCGAAGUGAAAUUGCAACCUGCCCAGAAAAGACCCUACGCGCUUGACGCGAUCGCGGACAUUCUCAUGCGAUCGCGUAGAAGGAAAUCAAUGAAAGAAAACCAGCAUUCUUCAACUGGAAUGCAAAUUCCAAAAUUGAUCUUUGCUUGUUUCCUUGCGGAUGUCAAAGAGAACAAAUGUGGAAUGCACUCUUUGCAAAAUAUCCUUCUCUCUGAACUGUUAAGAGAAAACGCUAAUUGCGUUAAUAAUGAGGAUGGAAAGCAGUUGAUGGCUCGUAGACUUCGUUUUAAAAAGGUAUUAAUUGUGCUUGACGUCAUAGAUCAUUUGGAUUACCUAGCUGGGGAUCCUGGUUGGUUUGGCAAUGGCAGUAGAAUUAUUGCAACAAUUAGAGACAAACAUGUGACAGGGAAGAAUGAUAUAGUAUAUGAAGUGACUACACUACUUGAACAUGAUGCUAUUCAAUUGUUCAAUCAAUAUGCCUUCAAAGAAGAAGUUCCAGAUGAGUGUUUUGAGAAGCUAACUUUGGAGGUAGUAAGUUAUGCUAAUGGUCUUCCUUUAGCCCUGAAAGUGUGGGGUUCUUUCUUAUAUAAGAGGGAUAUAAUUGAGUGGAAAAGUGUUGUAAAGCAAAUGAAAAAUAACUGUAAUUCAAAAAUUAUUGACAAGCUCAAAAUUAGUUAUGAUGGGUUGGAGCCCAUACAACAAGAAAUAUUUCUAGAUAUAGCAUGCUUCUUACGUGGGAAAAGAAAAGAUUACAUCAUGCAAAUACUUGAGAGCUGUGAUUUUGGAGGUGAUAUCGACUUGGAUGUCCUAAUUGACAAAUCUCUUGUUUUCAUCUCUGUAUAUUAUAGGAUUCAAAUGCAUGACUUAAUACAAGAUAUGGGUAAAUUUAUAGUAAACGUGCAAAAGGAUCCGGAAGAACGUAACAGACUAUGUGGCUCGCCGAAGAUUUCGAAGAAGUAA